GUAGCAGCUUACGCGUAAACGCGAGGACGAACAUUCCUCACCGAUUGAUCCAACAAAAUCAGUUUCGUAAAGAAAGUUUUGCCUUUCUAAGACAAAACCCACCAAAUUAUGCAAGAACAAUCACAACCCAUUUCUUAAUUUCGAUCCUUUUUUCGUUUUCUUCUCCCAAUUCUUCGAUUCACAUUCAUUCAUGGCGGAUCAUUUGGCCAGAGCAGAGGAUUUCGAAGCCAAAGCAGAAAAGAAGCUCAGUGGUUGGGGAUUGUUCGGCUCCAAGUACGAUGAUGCCGCAGAUCUCUUCGAUAAAGCCGCCAAUUCUUAUAAGCUUUCCAAAUCAUGGGAUAAAGCAGGAUCAACAUAUAUAAAGUUGGCAAAUUGUCAUCUGAAGAUGGAAAGCAAGCAUGAAGCAGCUCAAGCUUAUGUCGAUGCGGGCAAUUGCUAUAAGAAAACAUCUGUUAGAGAGGCCAUAUCUUGCAUAGAGCAAGCAGUGAAUUUGUUUUGUGACAUUGGAAGACUCAAUAUGGCGGCAAGAUAUUACAAGGAAAUUGCUGAAUUGUACGAGUCAGAACAGGAUAUUGAGCAAGCAAUCGAUUACUUUGAAAAGGCUGCUGACCUUUUCCAAAAUGAAGAAGUGACAACUUCAGCAAACCAAUGCAAGCAGAAAGUUGCACAAUUUGCUGCACAGUUAGAACAAUAUCAGAAAGCAAUUGAUAUCUACGAAGAAAUAGCAAAAUAUUCUCUCAAGAACAACUUGCUCAAGUAUGGAGUGAAAGGGCAUCUUCUUAAUGCUGGAAUUUGCCAGCUUUGCAAAGGUGAUAUCGUUGCUAUUACAAAAGCAUUGGAUAACUAUCAGGACUUGGAUCCUACUUUUUCAGGGACACGUGAAUACAAGCUUUUAGCGGACAUUGCUUCUGCAAUUGAUGAGGAAGAUGUAGCAAAAUUUACUGAUGUUGUCAAGGAAUUUGAUAGCAUGACCACACUGGAUCCAUUGAAGACAACCCUUCUGUUAAGGGUGAAGGAUAAACUGAAAGCUAAAGAACUAGAAGAGGAUGAUCUUACCUAAAAUCAUAUGCUGGUUUUUUUCUCAUCCUUAUGUUUUAGAUCAUUUUUAUGAGUUUGUGUGUUCUAUGUCCAGUUUUUGUUUUUUUGUUUUUUUGGCAACUGGCAUUGUCUAUUAAUUAUUGAAUGACUUGGUUUGGGUUCUGAUGAAUAAAGGUAUCCUUGAAGCUGUGAGCCUGUGAUGUUGCUUUCUGUCAUCAUAACCAAAUCUCUAUAAACAUUUAUGUCCAAAUAUAUAUAAUUUUGUACUAUAUUUCCUUUUGAA